AUGUACCAGCUGAACGCUGUGCCCGGGCGCACCUUCGCCGCACUGCGGCUUGACCGCGAGAUUGACGACCUGGAGGAUGCGGAGAGUGAUGCCUAUUCUAUGUCGUCGGCGUCGAAGGACGGGCUCUCAAGCGCUGGUGGGAAUCCUCUUGCCGUUUUGAUGACGGACAUGUUUGCCCCGCUACCGCUGCAGCAGCGAUGGAAGAUGCUUCAUGCGCUUGCUGAGCGUUGGCGUGUCUCCCUGCCGUCGAAGCACGCAGGCGACAAGAAGGACGCGUGCCGCGAGGUGAUUGGCCGCCUGGCUGUGAAGAUGGGCCGCGUGAUUUCCCGGAAGGCUGAGGUGCAGCAGGGCGGGCAGGACGUCGGGUUGGGCACACUUGUUGGGAGCAUCGGCACGCGGAGGAGCUCCCGGCAAAGCAAGCCCUCCGUCACGAUUGAUGCAAAUGCUGAUUUGGCGGGAAGAGACAGUUUGUGGAGCCAGCACGCGUCGGAGAGGUCGUCGGUCAGCUUCGUGACGAUUGAAUCCCACCCACCUCUGUUUUUUACGUCAUGA